UUUCUUUCUUUUCUCUCUCCUUCCCCCGUGCUCUCUCAGUCUCUCUUCUGCAACUCUCUCUUUCUCUCUUCUGCAACCUCCUCUUUCACCACCUCUAGGCCACCAAAUGGCGAGCUGCGAGCAUCGAUAGACUCGUCUCCUCCUCCUUAUCACGCAUGUGGGAGUUGUUUACGACGAUUUGGCCGGAAAUGUGGAGAUCGAAGCCAACAUUUUUACUGUAGCAAAUUAGUCAACGCCGAUUUCCGGCCACCUCCGGUCAUAAACCCAGGUCCAUUAGAAGCGCCUUGAGCCACUCUUCAUGCUCGCCAAGUUUCAUAAUCCAGAUCGAAGCAUGGAGGAAGAAAGCAUAAUUGGAAAAUUUCACUGUACUUCGGAGUGCUUAAUUGUUCGGCUAUUUCAAGGGCGACGUACCGAGCUAUUGCUCGACGAAGGAACUUGUAUGCAUGGUCGCCUAAACAGUACUGUGAAGGACUUUGUCUUUAACGUUAGUCAUCCAACCAUUCUAUCUCUUUUGGCGCACCUUAGUAGCACUGGGUGUCUAAAGUCUAGUUUGGAUCCAAGAAGUGCAAUCAAGUGGACCUCGUGCCCUGCCAAAAUCGGUCCUCUCUUCACCUGGCAUGGUGUGAACAGAGUUACCAAAAAAUUGAGAAGGGAGACUAGUGUUAAGGAUAGAGCCCUUGGGCCAUACUUUUAAAUCUUGGUUGGAAGCUUAUAAUUGAAUUUAAGCUUUUGUUAACUAUUUGUUUCAUGUUAUACAAUAUACACUUGUAAAAAUACUUUUCACAUUUUAUACUCACUUGUGUACUUAACUUGUGUUUUGUGUGAGAAAUUAUGUACAAUAUACUUGUUAAUUAUACUUGUAUUCCGUAAUUCAUAGUUACUUGUUUAUGUAUUUUGAAUUUCUUUGUUAAUUAUAGUCACUAACUUUAUUUAAUGAAGAUACCGUCUGACUGAAAAACGUUAAAUACAAACGCUGUUUGGGAGGCAUACCAAUUCAGAAAUAGCCACAAAGGAGUCUACAAACACAGAUUUACUUUCUCUUUCCCUAUUUCUUUUUAUUUUUCAAUUUUUCUCUUUUGUUUUAGAAUUUAUUUUCGUAAAUGUCUUCUAUCUAUCCUUAUUUGUUUCAUUGCAUGCUUAUAAUUAAUUACA